UAUAUAUAUAUAUACCCAAUAUUUGGUACAGAAAUACGGGGUGGGCUUAAAAGGAUCUCCAGUUCCAUCGAUCAGCAAUCCAUUUCUCUCACAAAUCUACGUAGGAAGAGGAAAAGAUGGGUGUAUCACCAACACUAUCUCUUCCUUGUGCCAGCUUGGCCUUUUACUACUGUGUGUCUCUCCUGCUGGCCUCGGUUGAGAUUGUUCGAGCUCAAAAUGGCACCACUCCUGCUUCCGAAGUGAGUGCUUUGAACACCGUCUUCAGCCAAUGGGGAAUAUCCGCAAAAUUAAAUCAAUGGAACAUAAGCGGAGAACCAUGCAGUGGAGCCGCCAUCGACUCUACCAGUAUCGAGAACACCAAUGGAGAUUACAAUCCUGGUAUCAAAUGCGAAUGCAAUGGGACUGUUUGCCACAUUACCCACCUCAAGGUCUAUGCGCUAGAUGUUGUUGGAGGAAUCCCGGAUAAGCUGUGGUCUUUGACUUCCCUCUCCAAUUUGAACUUGGCCCAAAAUUACCUCACAGGUCCCCUGUCUUCAUCCAUUGCCGAUCUAACUCAAAUGCAGUGGCUGAGCCUGGGGUUUAAUGCACUAUCGGGGGAGGUUACAAAGGAAAUUGGAAAACUGACUAAUCUGUUAUCAUUGAGCAUCAGUUCAAAUAACUUCUCUGGCUCUCUGCCAUCAGAACUUGGGUAUUUGACAAAAUUAGAGCAACUCUAUUUUGAUAGUUCUGGAGUUAGUGGAGCUAUACCAUCUACGUUUGCUGCUCUACAAAACCUGGACACAGUGUGGGCUUCGGACAAUGAACUUACUGGAAGCAUACCUGAAUUCAUAGGGAACUGGUCAAAACUUCGCGUCCUGAGGUUGCAAGGAAACUCAUUUGAAGGUCAAAUACCAGUAUCGUUCUCCAACUUGACCUCAUUGACGGACCUGAGAAUAAGCGAUUUAUCUAAUGGAAGCUCUUCACUGGCAUUUUUGAAAGAUAUGACGUCUCUGACUACCUUAAUUCUAAGGAACGACAAUGUUUUUGGUUCUUUCCCCUCCAAUAUUGGAGAUUAUCAAAGUUUGUCUCAACUGGAUUUGAGCUUUAACAAUUUAACUGGACAGAUUCCCAAUUCUCUCUUCAAUUUGAGCUCUCUCUCUUACUUGUUUCUUGGGAAUAACAAAUUGAAUGGAACACUUCCCACACUAAAGAGUACGUCUCUUCUAAAUAUAGAUGUGUCAUACAACGAAUUAUCUGGGAGUUUUCCUUCCUGGAUUGACGAACAAGGCUUGCAACUUAACUUAGUUGCCAAUAACUUCACAAUUGAAAGUGCAAACACCAGUGUUUUGCCUUCAGGAUUGAGCUGUCUUCAAAGGAACUUUCCCUGCUUUCGCGAUUCUCCUAUUUAUUACAACUUUGCGAUUAAGUGUGGUGGUCCACAGUUUACAUCUAGUAGUCAGAUUGUAUAUGAGAGGGAUAACGAGACUCUUGGUCCGGCUACUUAUUAUGUGACUAGUACAAACAGGUGGGCAGUAAGUAAUGUUGGACGCUUCGGCGAGAACAACAAUGCUCAAUAUUCGAGUUUCACUCCAUCUCAGUUCACAAAUGUUUUGGACUCAGAGCUGUUCCAGACAGCACGAAUAUCACCUGGAUCACUAAGAUAUUAUGGGUUUGGGCUUGAGAAUGGUAAUUACACCGUGACUCUCCAGUUUGCAGAGAUAGCAUUCAAUAUUCCCCCAACUUGGAAAAGUCUUGGAAGGCGUGUUUUUGAUAUAUACAUCCAGGGAAAUCUGGUUUGGAAAGAUUUUGACAUAAAAAAGGAGGCCAGUGGGGUCCUUUUCCAAGCUAUUCAGAGGGUUUUCAAGGCUCAGGUAUCCGAAAACUACCUUGAAAUCCAUCUAUUUUGGGCUGGUAAAGGAACUUGCUGUAUACCUGCUCCAGGUACCUAUGGACCUUCUGUUUCAGCAAUCAGUGCCAUCCCAGAUUUCAUCCCCACUGUUAGUAGCAACCCUCCAACCAGCAAAAAGAGCAAGACCAGUUUGAUUGCAGGGAUUGUUGUUCCUGUUGGAGUUGUAAGCUGUCUAGCUGUACUUGCGCUAUAUUGUUUUGUUCUGCGCAGAAAAAGGCCAGGAUGGGACAAUGAUGAAGAGCUCCUAGGGAUUGAAGCUAGGCCCUACACUUACAGCUAUGCUGAACUAAAGGCUGCAACAGAAGAUUUUAAUCCUGCAAACAAACUUGGGGAGGGAGGCUUUGGACCCGUUUUUAAGGGAACACUUAAUGAUGGGAGGGUUAUUGCUGUCAAACAACUGUCUGUGGCAUCCCACCAAGGAAAGAAUCAAUUUGUUGCAGAGAUCGCUACGAUAUCUGCUGUUCAACACCGGAAUCUUGUGAAAUCGUAUGGAUGCUGCAUUGAGGGGGACAAACGACUGCUUGUUUAUGAGUAUCAUGAAAACAAGAGUCUUGAUCGAGCAUUGUUUGCAGGGAAGACAAGUUUGUAUCUUAGCUGGCCCAUUCGCUUUGAUAUAUGCUUGGGCGUGGCAAGGGGUCUAGCUUAUCUUCACGAGGAAUCUCGGCUUCGCAUUGUACACAGGGAUGUUAAGGCUAGCAAUAUUCUUCUCGACUCUGAUCUCAACCCCAAAAUUUCUGAUUUUGGUUUGGCCAAACUUUACGAUGACAAAAUGACGCACAUCAGUACCUGUGUUGCAGGGACAAUGGGGUAUAUUGCACCUGAGUAUGCUAUGCGUGGUCACCUUACAGAAAAGGUCGACGUGUUUAGCUUUGGUGUUGUAGCUUUGGAGAUUGUCAGUGGAAGGCCAAAUUCUGACUCAAGCUUGGAAGAAGAACAGAUGUAUCUUCUGGAAUGGGCUUGGCAUGUAUGUGGAAACGACCGUGAAGUUGAGCUAGUGGAUGCUAAUUUGUUGGAAUUUGACGAGGAAGAAGUAAAACGAGUGAUAGGAGUAGCUCUUUUGUGCAUCCAGACAUUCCCACGACAACGGCCCUCCAUGUCGCGUGUAGUGGCAAUGCUUUCGGGAGACAUUGAAGUUGGUUCAGUUACUUCACGGCCUGCAUAUUUUGCCGACUGGAAAUUCAACGAUACAACCAGUUUUAUGACUGCGGAUACUCCAAGUGCAGAAAUCGAACAUAGCCAAUUCGGAACAUCAACAAGUGCAAGCACGGCAGCUGAUCCGGGACAUUCACCGAUUAAUUGCAGUAGACCACUCCUCCGAGAGGACAUCAGAGAAAGCCGGUGAAGUUUGUUAGUUUUUGUAAUGCCCCAAGCAAACCAAGGAAGAAACAGAUACUAGUUUAACAAGAAUACACGAUGAGAGAUUUCUUUUCUGUAGAAGAUUAUUUUUGUUUUUUGUUUGUUGCUGUUGAGAAUUUUAGCUUAUCACAUUUUGUAGUAUAGCUUGUACAGAAAAAGGAUGUUAGAAUGUGGUCAAAUUCUCUAGUGGUUGGUUUUUAACUUUUUAAUAAUAGAGGAAUGGCGAAUAUCCGAAUUUAUUUGA